AUGGUGUUUGCAUUAAGCAAUACGCAAAUCUUGUUAGAUAGCAAUGGGCCUGAACCUUUAGACGCUGAUGAGUACUUUGAACCUGUUAUUCAAGCGGAAAGAAAUGAAAUUCCUAUGGUUAUUGAGCGUAGUGAUGAUAAAAAAUUGGACGAUACGGAGAUGGAAGCGGAAGAUAAUCAUUAUGAAGCGGUCGAUUCGAACAAAAAUGCAUCUCCGGUGUCAAUCAUGAAUAUUCUGCAAUCAUUGGAAAAUGAUUUACCUUCUGAAUCGUAUAAUAUCAAUUUAUGUCCAAAUAAUGAAAUCAUCGCAUCCAUUGCCUCAGACUGUUUAGAUGUGUCUCUGGAUAGUCUAUCAGUCACUCAAUACUCAAUGACAGCAUUUAUUGAUAUUCUUGUAUUCGUAGUAAUGCUCGUUUAA